CAGAGGUACCGGCCCCCACCCAGGGGUGAAACACCCGCAGCUGCCUGAGCCGGGCUGCCUGUGGGUGUCCACCUCCACAUGUCCUGCUCCUGGUUUGCCAGUGCAGGGGAUGUUUGCAUCAGCGUUGCCAUCUCCAGAUGCCUGCAUAUGCUUGGGCUAAAAACAGCGUAGCUCCUGGCUUAGCUGCCAGCAAGGGGAAAUUUUGCUGCUUCAAGGGGUUUGUUGCAGGAAUGUGAUGCAAAGACGCGCUGGAGCAUCCUGACUUGGCACCGUGGCGGUGGGAGACCUGUGGGGAAAGACAAGGAGCAUCUCUAGUCGGUGUCAGGGCAUGCGUAUGUCAGCAGGGGAUGAGUGACGAGCAGCUCCCCGCAUCUCCCCACCACCCCGCCACGGAGGGGGAUGCCAAUGUCUCAGCCUCUGGCUGCCCCGAGCACUGGGUCGAGCCCCAGUUCACGCAAGCGGCGAGGGUCCGCGUGAUCGUCACGGCCAUCUUCUUCUUGCUGGCAGUGGGCAGCAAUGUGGCGGUGCUUGGCAGCCUGCUGAGGAAGAGGAGGAAGUCCCAUGUGCAGCCGCUGAUCCUCAGCCUGGCGCUGGCUGACCUGCUAGUGACGGUGGCGGUGAUGCCCUUGGAUGCGGCAUGGAAUGUGACAGUGCAGUGGUAUGGCGGGGACCUCUCCUGCAAGUUCUUCAACUUCCUCAAGCUCUUUGCCAUGUACGCGGCUGCCCUGGUGCUGGUGGUCAUCAGCCUGGACCGGCAUGCGGCCGUCCUCCACCCCUUCUCCCGUGCUCGCCGCCGCAAUGGGCUCCUGCUCCGCGCCGCCUGGGCCAGCAGCGUGCUCCUGGCUUCGCCCCAGCUUUUCCUCUUUCACCUGCACACGGUCCCGGGAGGGAACUUCACCCAGUGUGUUACUCACGGGAGCUUCCGAGCGCACUGGGAGGAAACCGUCUACAACAUGUUCACCUUCACCACCCUCUACAUCACCCCCCUGAGCGUCAUGAUUGUUUGCUACAUCCGGAUCAUUUGGGAGAUCAGUAAGCAGCUAAAGAUCAACAAAGGUUUGAUAAGAAAUCAAAACGACCACAUCUCCAAGGCACGUAUGAAGACUCUCAAAAUGACCAUAGUGAUUGUUGCCACCUUCAUCAUCUGCUGGACCCCAUACUACCUCCUGGGCUUGUGGUACUGGUUCCAGCCAGCCAUGAUCCAGAAGAUGCCAGAGUAUGUCAACCACAGCUUCUUUCUCUUUGGCUUGCUGCACACAUGCACCGACCCUGUCAUUUACGGGCUGUACACCCCCUCCUUUCGGGAGGACGUGCAGUUGUGUCUCAGGGGCAUUGAAACAGCCAUUACCAGGCACGAGAAACACCAACCUGUCUCAGUCUCGGAGAAGAACAUCAAGGAUGGUGCUGUAAAUGGUGGGGUGCUAUCAGGGGGCUCCAAUGGGACAAGUGUCAACACGGUCUGCUGAAGAGAUGUACCCAAAAGGAGAUGGGAGGCACAGCUUUGGGGGCUGCUUUGUCCUGUAGGAUCAUUCUGGAGACUGUCGUAAGGAGGUUUGCUACCCAGCUUUAGUGGGUGAGGGUCUCUGGCCACAAACUGGGAAAGCAUCUCCUGCCUGUACUCGGGGUGAAACACGUUUAGGGGUAUUUAUGGUCAUUCCUCCGUAUUUUGGCAGCCCCAUAAUAACUAGAAAACCAUCCUUUUCAUACUCUACGCAUGCUCUAGCCCUGAUUCUGGGAUCAAGCAUCUGCCACACUUCCAGCUCAACCCCUGGGAGGAGACAUGCCAUCUCCUCUGUGGGCCAGGGCCAUGUCCGGUGGGGUGGCCAGUCUUCAAGUGCCCUUUGCACCUACACCCAGGUGCGGGGCUGCAUGGAUGCACAGCGCUAAGUGGUGUCACCCUGAGAGGCUGCAAAGGUGCAAUCAAAGGCUUUUACUCCAUUUUCUCCACCCAUUGUAGGAAAAGCUCUCUGAAAAUUUCGGAUCUCCUGGUUCAGAGCCUGUCUGGUUCUCCCACAGCUGUGUGUCAAGGCCUGGGAAGGAUAUAAAUCUUUGGGGAGUGACUAAUGCAGGGGCACUAGUCCCCCUGGGCAUGGUGGGGAGCGAGGAGGUGCUGCGGGGAUGGAGGGGCUCAGGCAAGAGGGGUGUGAAGAACCACAGUGGGAUGGGAUGGGAUUCCUUCUCCCUUUUGGAGACAGCCAGAAGGGAAAACAGUCCCUGCUGCCUUGUUCUGGCGUGCAGGGGGUGGUACAGACACAUCCUUACACAGCACCUCUCUGGAACACAGGGUUGACCAGGAGAGACAGUAUUUGGAGUAACCAGAGAGUGAGAACCAGACCCAACGCUGCCCAGCCCCUCUUGACCGUCUCUGUCCCCAUGUCCCAGGGCACGAGCUGGCAGGUCACAGACCAUGCGCUGAGCUGUCCCCGUAUUUGCUUUGCCCUAAGUGCUUGACCCAAUACCAGCACCCUGUCUCUGCCACAAACAGGGUGGGUGCAUCCACCCUGCAGGUGAUGCCUGGGAUGUCCCAAUGAGGAAGGUGAUGGGAAGCACCUGUGGGUGGAGGGGCCCAUCAGCACCAGGAUGCCAGGCAGAUGGUGAUGGUCUUUGGCUGCACUGCAUGAGCAAGGGAGGCUGUUGGAGGGAUCAGCUGAGCUGUGGUGAGUAAAAUGGACUUUUGCUUUUCAUCAAGGUGCCAGAAGUUGCUUGUGAAGGGUGGAGGCCUCUUCUCUGGGUGUGGGUUGAAGAGAUGGGUUUAUUCAACUGUGUUGUUCCUUUUUGUGUAAUUAGAAAUUGUGGAUUAUUUCUUUGUUUUUUCUCUGCUGAUUGUUAUUAAAUGCAUUUUUGCUUUUGAAGAGAAAUUUAGUUUUGAGCCAGGUGGGGUUGUUGGGGUUUUUUUUUGCUUUUGUGAAAUCUUUGGCCAGAUUAGGAGCUCUGGACUUGGCAGGAGGCAGUUCCCUGAGCAUUUUUGUGGCCACUGCAGCUUUGAAUGAGCAUCUGGACUUUAUCAAGAUGAAAGAGCUUUGUUUUAAAAACAACUCUUGACUUGCUGUGGUUGCAUGUGUAGGGAAGCUGGGAGAUGUCUCCCUCCAAGAAAGCAAAUCCCCUUUGGGCACCGAGGGGGCUUUCUUGCCCCUGUCUCCAAGAGGGGAUGGAUCCCCAUCGGUCAGAAAGGAUCUGCACUGGUUUCCCAUUGACCCAACUAACAAAUUAUUAAAACUGGGGGGGGUGGUAAGUAGUCCUUGCAGGUUGGCUGAGACUGGGCGAUGAGGAUACGGGAAGCCAUGGUGCUCAGGGUGAUGCCGAGCUGUACACGGGUGUUGAACGCUUGCCUUUCCCCAUGCUCACUAUCAUUUAUGCUAAACAUGCUGCUCAAGGAGAAAAAAAUUCAAUUAGAGCUGCAGGAGCCCAGACCAACUGGUGGGGAUUAGUGUGAGCCCUUUAGGAAGGAUCCAGACUCCAAUGAGAUGCGUAAUUGCCAUUUGGCUUUCCUGGGCUCGUUCUGCUCAAGGUUAAUUACACAACGCUAACGGGAGCAGGGCUCGCUGCUGCCAGGCUGGCUUGGCUUGACUGGUGCAAAAAAGAGUUUCUUGUAAGGUGAUGGGAAUGACUUGCGGUAGGGGAAGCUAAUUUAUUCACCAGACACUCAUUUGGUCUCUCUGUUUAUAUUACUGAUGAUUGCUAAUGGGAGGUAGAACUUGAAGGUGUGUUGGUUUUCUGGCAAGCCUCAAAUAAGCAGGAACGUGUCUUUAAUCUCCUGAAAACUUUCCUCAUCUGCUUUCUGCUGAGUGAGAGAGAACAGGUCCAGCGUUGUUCACACACUUAAGGCCACUUGUCCUCUCUUGCACAGCAGCAGGAGAGCUCAGAGACCUUCUCCCAGGAGCAAGAAGCACUUUUUCCCUUGUGGGUGGGACCCACCACCUUUACACCCCACAGGCACAGUGAGAGGGCAGAAGUAGGUUUGGGUUUAGGUGAAGAGUAGGAAAAUUGGGAUGCUGGCAAGGAUAUGUACCUUGGUCCUUGGUGGAAGCACGGCGCAUCCCCUGGGAUGCUUGCAGGCGCUCCAGCGCUACUCCUUCUGCCUGCCUCUUGAUACCUUCCCUCCUGUUGCUGGUGCUGACAUUUUGGGAAGCCUGGAGUGUGGGCAAGGUGCCCAAAGUGACAGCUUUCAUAAUAGAAGGAAAAUAUCACUAGAAAAGCGUGCUGCCAAGCCGUGUGCCCAACGUAUGCAGGAAGGGGGAGUGAGGAGGUGGGCAACAUCUCCGCAGGGGAGCUGGGGCAGGUGUUUUCUGGAUCACUGGGGAUCAGCCUGGGUCUGGGUCCUGCCGGAGGUGGACCGAAGCCCGGGCCUGGUUUGGAUGUCCCCACAUUUCUGAUUCUGCAGUUCUUAAUCAGUUUGUACUUUAGAAAGAAAAAGAUUUUUGCAUCACUCAUCAGGAGUGUGAAAACUGGAGCCUUGCUCCUCCCUGCCCUGUGGAUGGUCCUGCUUUCUGUGGUGGUUCCCUCUCCCCCCACAUUGUCUCAAACCCCUGGUCUCCGACAGCACCUGCCCUCCUCAGCUGGCUCCUGAGAUCUCUCCACAUAUAUAUACAAAAUAUCUAUAUAUAGAAAAAAACUUAUAUUUUUGAAUAUAUAAUCUAUUUCCCCUUAUGGGAGGCAAAUUCUCCCACUUCCCCAAAAUCUAUUGGGGCUAUUCCCCCUGGGAAACACCAGCUGCCAUGCUUCUCCUUGCAGUCACAGCAGGAUCAGUUUUGUCUGACUCAGUAACAGUUCCUUAAUAUUCACCACAGUAAUGCAACGAACAUAUUAAUAAGCACAGGUAGCUCUAUAUUUUACAACUCCUCGACCUCACCCUGGGCUGCCCGCUUCAGACACAGCGGUCCUUUGUUUGGGAGGAAAUUCUGAUUCAUUCCCCAUUAGCAUUUUUAUAGUACUGUGCAUGUUCAAAGAGCCAGGCAAGUGGCUUAAGAGGUUAACGCGAACCUUGGGUUAAUUCAUAAUAUUGUUAGUUACUCAGCACAAUACUUGCAUUAAUCCAGCUGACUGCAUCUCGCCACGGUGGGAAACACAUGCUGGAUCAGCAGGGAGCACAGAAAACAAGCGUGGGAGUAGGAUAUUAUGUAUUUUGCUGGCCUGCUAAGGUAGAAUCUGAGCACCUUAAAUGUAUUUAUUCUUCCAUUGCCUUUGAGGACAGCGUUACCUCGCUCCACAGAUGUCAAGCUGAAGCACCGAGGAGGCUGUGCCCUGCAUCCCUGCAUGCCUGGGAGAGUGAGGGAUGGGGCUACGAGCCCUGCGAGGGGCACUUGAGAUGUCCCGAGGGGCACUUGAGAUGUCCAUCAGGACUCAGCCCCCACCUGCAGCCACCUCUUUCUUCUGGGUCUAUUUAAACUGUUCAAAGCAGAAAAAGCUGAUUUUUUUUUUCCUUUGAUACCUGCUGAUUUAAUUGCAGUGCUGGACUGCGUGCAUCUGCCAUGAGAGCCCCUGCAAUACUUUUCUCUCUGGGGCUAUAGCCUGGAGCAGCUGGUGCAGAAGAUCAGCUUGGGAACUAGCUCCCUACACGGAUGCUAUUGCCCCACACUUGGGAAGAGAGCUCAGCUGAAUGGCUUAAAGGCAAAAUAAAAGCCAUUAGGAGAUAGUGCUGAACGGUCGCUAUGCAUUCAUUCCUUUUGCUUACUCUUCAGAAACUUUCCUAUGCAAAGAAACCCUAAGAAGAGAGCCUCAAAACCUUGCUGCAUUCCUCCCCAUCUGUUCCUUUUGUCUGACUCGUGGACUCCGGGUUUGUGCAUUUCCCUGCAGUGCAAACAGCCAGCCAGCCCCCAACUGCUGCCUAACCUCCUCCUUUUCCAAAGGGCCCCCGAUAGCCCAUCUGUUCUGAAAGAUGUUUCGUUUGUAGACAUACAAGCCUUUUAACAACACAAUACCCUUUAGAUAGCAUCAAAUAUGUCUAGGUUUUCUGGCUAAUUUUACCCUAAACUGACACAUAUAUGGCCCAACAUUAUAUGUAACAUGAUGAGGUGGACCAAAAAUGGGCAAAUAUUCCCAAGAACCUCAUGCAUGUCUCAAACCCCAAGUUUCUGAAUUGGAAUAUUAAGGAGUAAACUACUAUAAAGUAGUUGAGUCUGUUGUGCAAUAAAUUGUUAGUUUAUGUAUAUUUUAAUUGCAAAUCAACGCUAUAAUUAGCAUGUACAUUUCUUGGGCUGAGGUAACGCAAUAUACUUUAACAGUGAGCAUUAUUAACGGACUGUAAAAGGCAAUGGGGAAUUGGAUUAUAAUGUUCUUGUUUUGCAAGCUGUAUGGUGAAUAAAUAAAUUUGUUCUGGCAGCAAAAUUAA